AUGAAUAGAAUGAGCAACACAGUGUUAGGAUUCUUGAACAUCCUAACACUAAUAUCCUCCAUAGUUUUAAUAGGAUCAGCUCUAUGGAUGGGUAAGAGCAAGACAACAUGCGAGCAUUUCCUUCAGAAGCCACUUCUGGUCUUAGGCCUAGCGAUCUUGGUCUUGUCACUAGCUGGUCUGAUCGGUGCAUGCUGUGACGUGGCGUGGGUCUUGUGGGUGUACCUUUUCUUCAUGGUUAUCAUCAUAGUUGCGCUCAUGGGUUUGACCCUUUUUGGGUUUAUUGUAACUAACCAUGGUGGUGGUGUGGGUGUGACUGGUAGGGUUUAUAAAGAGUUUAAGCUUGAAGAAUAUCAUCCAUGGCUUAAGACGAGAGUUACGGAUGCUAAUUAUUGGUUGACUAUAAAGACUUGUCUCUUGGGCUCACUCACUUGUUCCAAGCUCUCUCUUUGGACUCCUAUUGAUUAUCUCCAAAAGGAUUUGUCUCCACUUCAGUCUGGAUGCUGCAAACCACCGACGUCAUGCGUAUACAACGGGGACACGGCGAUGCAGCAAGACUCCGAUUGUUACCGGUGGAAUAACGUCGCGACGGUGCUCUGUUACGACUGUGAUUCGUGUAGAGCUGGUGUCUUAGAGACUGUGCGUCGCGAUUGGCAUAAACUCUCUAUAGUGAACGUCGUCAUUGUUCUCUUCCUCAUCGCGGUUUACUGCGUUGGUUGCUGUGCGUUCAAAAACGCCAAACGGCCUCAAAAUUACGGUUUCCCUUACGGACGUUACGGCAUGUCCAAAUCUCGACCCGGUUGGGAACAAUCCUGGUCGAGGUGGUGGCAUGGGAGAGAUCAAUAUUACUGA